AUGCUACAGAAUUUCAACUAUGAUACAACUUCCACUAUUCCAGAUCGAAGCCAAAACACUGAUGUCCACCUUGCAAAAACAGUCCUUCCUGCCUUGUACUCCUUGGUAAUCCACAGACACGAAGAUAAUUUUUGCGGAGGGGCUACGCCUCCUCGAAAACACAAUUCUCACUGCAAAAAUUUUACUAAACCUUUGGAUGGCAAAUUGAAAAUAAUUGAUUUAAAUUCACACAAAUAUAUUCAUACAGGAGAGAAGCCAUUUCACUGUGACAUUUGUGGUAAAUCAUUCCAUCACAGGAAUAGCUUAACUACACACAAACGUAUUCAUACUGGAGAAAAGCCUUAUCACUGUGUUAUCUGUGGUACACCAUUCUCUUAUAGAAGUGCUUUAAAUUAUCACAAACGUGUCCAUACAGGGCAGAAGCCACAUCAGUGUAACAUUUGUGGUAAACCAUUCUCUCAGAAAAAUGACUUGAUAAGACACAAAUGUCUUCAUACAGGAGAGAAGCCUUAUCACUGUGAUGUCUGUGGUACAUCAUUCUCUCACCAAAGCAUUUUAAAAUCUCACAUACGUCUUCAUACAGGAGAGAAACCGUACUCCUGUAAUAUCUGUGGUUAUUCAUUCUCUCAAAGGAGUGCUUUAACUUCUCACAAACGGAUUCAUACAGGUGAGAUCGCAUGUUCCUGUGACAUCGGUGGUAAAUCAUUCUCUCGCAACAGUGCUUUAACUCCUCAUAAACGUAUUCAUACAGGAGAGAAGCCAUUUCACUGUGGUAUUUGUGGCAAAUCUUUCUCUGCCAAUUGGAAGCUAACUAUUCAUAAACGUAUCCAUACAGGAGAGACACCAUAUUCUUGUGAUAUCUGUGGUAAGUCAUUCACUCAAAGUGGGAACUUCGCUGCUCACAAACGUAUUCAUACAGGAGAGAAGCCAUUUCACUGUGAUAUUUGUGGCAAAUCUUUCUCUACUAGUAGUAAGUUAACUAUUCAUAAACGUGUUCAUACAGGAGAGACACCAUUUCACUGUGAAAUCUGUGGUAAAUCAUUCUCUCAAAGUGGGUAUUUAACUGCUCACAAACGUAUUCAUACAGGAGAGAAGCCCUAUCACUGUCAUGUCUGUGGUAAAUCAUUCUCUCACAGUGGGAACUUAACUGUUCACAAACGUUUCCAUACAGGAGAGAAGCCAUAUAAGUGCAACAUCUGUGGCAAAUAUUUCUCAGCCGGUAGUAGCUUAACUAAACACAGACGUAUUCAUACAGGAGAAACACCAUAUUCUUGUGACAUUUGUGGUAAAUCAUUCUCUCAAAGUGGCAACUUAGUUUCUCACAAACGUUUCCAUAGGGGAGAGAAGCCAUAUCACUGUAAUGUCUGUGGUAAAUCAUUCAAUGUCCAAAGUGUUUUAAAAUCUCACAAACGUAUUCAUACAGGAGAGAAGCCAUUUCACUGUGACAUUUGUGGUAAAUCAUUCUUUCAGAAAGGUAGCUUGACUGCACAUAAACGCAUUCAUACAGGAGAGAAGCCAUAUUCUUGUGAUAUCUGUGGAAGGUCAUUCACUCAACGUGGCAACUUAACUUCUCACAAACGUGUUCAUCAGGGGAAGAAGCAAUCCCACUGAUAUUUGUGCUAAAUCAUAAUCUGUAAGGGGUGACUGAACCCUUUACCAUGCAGAUUAUUCUGUCGAAUGUGAGGGUUAUUUAUUCACAUAAUUUUCAAUUUGUCCUGCAUUAACCCACAGCUUUCAAAUUUUGAUGAUAUGAUUGUGUAUUUUCACAAUGACAUUGUAGGGUAGGUGUAAGAAGCCGACUCUGACUAGUUUGAUCAUAAAAUAGGCAGAAUAUUUGGGCCAGAUAUGGCUGGUUUAAAUUCUAAAGAGUGGACAGUAGAUGUACCAACACUUCUUACUUCUCACAAGGACCAUAAGGGGCCAUUAUUGACUGCCAUUGAAAAUAUUUCAUCAUCAUCAUUUAACGUCCGCUUUCCAUGCUAGCAUGGGUUGGACGGUUCAACUGGGGUCUGGGAAGCCAGUUGGCUGCACCAAGUUGUCUGAUCUGGCAGUGUUUCUACAGCUGGAUGCCCUUCCUAAUGCCAACCACUCCAUGAGUGUAGUGGGUGCUUUUUACGUGCCACCUGCACAGGUGCCAGACGAGGCUGGCAAACGGCCACGAUCGGAUAUUUUAAAUACAGUCCUGCCCCGUCUCACUGUAGCAUUGCUCUCCGCUAGUCCUGACCUGUAUGUUCCACCCCCAUUCCCUGUCUUACUGUAUUAUUGCUACUGGCUUGCCCUCAACCUAUGUCUUCCACCCACAUGUAACAAGAAAACUUUUUACACACCCUGCCCCCAACAAACCAAUCUACAUCUCUUCUUCACAUUCCUUCCAUACACUAUGCCUACCUCUCACUCCCCCAAUCCUGUCCUCAUGGUGCUGUUCCUCUGAAUCAUUGCUAUCCAGUAGCCCCCUGACUCUAUAUAAUACCCAGGUUGUCAUCACUCAACACCCCCUACACUCUAAUCAUGCUUCCUUUGCAGACAAACAAGGACAGUCAAAGGGAUUAAGUCGAUUA